GUAACUUGUCAGAUGCACGUGCUUCCAAUUUGUCGCCGUUGGAAAAGUUUACAAAUAUGACCGAUUUAUCGUUUUCCAUGGAUGAUUUACGAGGCCGAACAUACAGAGAUCUUCAGCAACUAGCUAAAUCUCUUGGAUUGCCUUCUAAUGUUAAGAAAAUAUACCUAAUCCAACUAAUCCAUGCCAAGAAGUACAGUACUCCAACUGAAGUGGAAGCCAUAGUAGAGAGAGUGAAGCUGGAAAGGAAACAACAGGCGCAAGUGCGUAAACGGGUACCCAAGAAAGGGACGAAGAAAACAAACUUGCAAUUAUCAGAAAUAUCAUCGACCAGCAACUCCCAGUCUCCGCCAAUCAGCCACACUCCAAAACGCCCGGGCCACAUCAUAGUCCCUUGCUCUGAAGUGCGCCACACUAUCGUGAAAUAUCCACGACAGAGCAUGAUCAGAUCUACGUACAUCAAGAAAACUUAUCCGUCACCGGUACCAACAACGAGUGACAGAGUUCUCCGCAGCUUCAGUCUAAAACCUAAGAAUCAGAAUUCCAUUCUAAACGUCUUCAAAGAGGAGAACCCAACUAGUUUGAAUGAAGCAAGAAUGGAUAUAAUUGGUGCACACAAAGUGUAUCCGAGAGCGAGUGCAAUAGCUAAAUGUUUGGUGAAAAAGCAGAGGCCGCAGAUGCAAAGCCGUAGUGCCAGUUUGGUGGAACGACUGAGAGGGCAAUUGCUUCCAAUGGCUAGGAUGAAUUCAUGCCCUCUCCCGGCCCGUCGUCAGCGAGUAUUAAGCGGUAUAUACCCGAUCACCGCAAAAGUAACGAAAGACACUUCAAAAGUCAACUACGAGUACAUCCAAAGCGUCGGCUUCCGCAGAAGUGACGGCACAGUCUCCCGCAUCAACGCACUCGUACAAAAGUCCUGCAACGAACAACCAAGAAACUUAGAAGUCACUGUUCAAGACUUAAUCAACUCAAACGUUGAUUCCCAGCAAGCGCAAAGUCUUGAAUACCCUAACAUGUCGAGUGUAACCGAUUAUAGUCAGAAUUACCAGAGGCAGAGAACUCAAUUUGAAAUGCCAGAUAGGAGUUACCCGAACCAGUGUAUUGAUGAUUCGGUGUACUACCAUAAGAAGAUUCGGGCGGAGCAAGUCAGGUCUCAGAGGCCAAGUGUGAGGGAAGAGAGAUGCAAAGAGAAGUUACCGAACAUUAACGAAGUGUUUACGAGGUUUAACGAUGUGCAGAGAAGAGAUCUCACUCAACCGAUCUACGUUCAAGUCAGCGAUGAGUCUGAGAGGAUCCUUAACUACCCAGUGUACAUGGCUCGCAACAGUACCAAUCUGCUGGAGAACCUGUACAACUUCAAGCGCGGCUUCCUAGUCCACCAGCCGCUUCUACAAGUAGCCACCGCGGCUUCCACCAGAUGCGUGUAUAGCACGCCCGUUAUAGCCUCCGCAGUGGCGCACACCUCCUCGCUUGGUCCCGAUUACAAUGCAUCUU